AUGCCUGAUACAAAAGGCGACCCAGGUCUACGUCGUAAUAAAUCCACAACUACAGUCACGUCCCGCAUUCGUGAAGGCCUCAAUUUAAUCCGUCGUGCUCGAUCCCCUUCCCCUACAAGACCCGCAGAGUCGUGGCGUCCACAGACACCUCUCUUGAAAGAUGACCAGGGGAUAACCUAUUCGUGGAGGGAAUUGCCCAGCACCCCUAUAAAAGGCGAGAAGCAGGGAAUCGACCCGAGGUGCCCUAGUUGGACGAUAGAUCACUCCAUCUCACAGCUCAAUCUUGAUGCUGACUUGAAGAAAAAGCUUGAUUCGCAAAAAAUAACUGCAUUGGGAGAUACCUACGCGUUUUUGACUCCUGAUCUAAACCUGAGUCCACGAGCGAGUCCUGUGAAGCCACGACCGCGUCCAUUGGGCCGCGACAUCACUGCAGCGGGUUCUUUAAAGGCUUUGAAAAAGGCACUAGCAGAAGAGAAAUGGGAAGAAAACACUAGCUAUUCCAACUGGGAUAUAGUCCAAAAUGCCCCCGAUCUGAGACGGGACAAGAAAGGGGGGAUACCCUGGGGACCCUGGCUGGGGCAUCACUCGAUCCACAUCGCGGCUCAAUCUGUUAGCUGUCCUGUUGCCAGUCGAACCCCUGUUCCAAAUCUUACACAUCCGGAAAAGCUCAAUAUUUCCCGUGAUCCCGAGCCAGCGACUCCAAGACGACCACUUCUUGACUUUCAUGGCGCUGAAUAUUGGUCUAGUCUAUCUCGAACAAAGAAGACUCUUGGUCUAGACCUCUUCUGGCGAUGUCCUCCCGACUCAACACAAAGUGGAUACUACUGUUUAGACUUGCUGGAGCUGAGACCGCUUUGCGAAUUCCGGAAUCUGCGCUCACUGAAGCUCGUUGGGAUGAUGCAGUCCUAUCAAAGUUACAUCUGGCAGGCUGUGUGGUUGAUGCUUGAACUUGAUGAACUGGAGCUUGGGAUGUCGCUGGAGCCGGAUAUUGUCAAUCGAAUUUAUGAGCCACGGUGGAAGGUUAUUGAUGAGGGAUGGACUCUAGACUCAAGGAUGGGAGGGGCUCCAGUUUUCUUUGGCAAUCGUGGCAAUGGCGAACUAGCCUGUAUUAUCGGGGAUGGGGAGUAUCUUGACAAGGAAUGCAUUGAGAAGGCUAAGGUUCGCGCUAUGGCCAUAGGACGGACAUCUCGUCGACUUCCGAUUCGGAAAAUUACACUGAGUGGUUUUGUUGUUGAUGCAGAUCCUUUCAUUCAAUGGUUUGAUUCGAGCAAAUUGCGAUGUAUCAAUUUCAAGGGCCAGUGUAUCGACUCCGGGUUUUGGUUGCCACUUUCGAUGAAGAAGGUCUCUGUACGUUUUCCUCGGAAGAUUGAUUCUCAGCCUGUUCCAGUUGGUAUCUUGAAGAUUGAUAUCAACAAGGAUUUGACAGUUAUGGAUCUUAAGAAUGGGAAGAUGGCCAAGAAGAUUUCAUAUCUGGAGUUUGUGGGCAAAGAGAGGGAGAGGGAGACUAAUUGA